GUGGCAAUCACACGCUGAUUUUUUUCUACUAACCAUAAAGACAUUGGGACACUAUACCUGGUAUUCGGCGCUUGAGCUGGGAUAGUGGGCACUGCUCUAAGCCUUCUUAUUCGAGCAGAAUUAAGCCAGCCGGGCGCCCUCCUCGGGGACGACCAGAUCUACAAUGUAAUCGUUACUGCUCACGCCUUCGUAAUAAUCUUUUUUAUAGUCAUACCAAUUAUGAUUGGGGGAUUUGGAAAUUGACUUAUUCCGCUAAUGAUUGGGGCGCCUGAUAUAGCAUUUCCCCGGAUAAAUAACAUAAGUUUUUGACUGCUUCCUCCAUCCUUCCUCCUCCUUUUAGCCUCCUCAGGAGUAGAAGCCGGGGCCGGGACAGGCUGAACCGUCUACCCCCCUCUUGCAAGCAACCUUGCUCACGCAGGAGCAUCCGUUGACUUAACAAUUUUUUCUCUUCACUUAGCCGGGAUUUCCUCGAUCUUAGGAGCUAUUAAUUUCAUUACAACUAUUAUUAAUAUAAAACCCCCUGCCAUUUCCCAGUACCAAACUCCUUUGUUUGUCUGAGCUGUUCUCAUUACAGCCGUCCUUCUACUUCUCUCCCUCCCUGUUCUUGCAGCUGGAAUUACUAUAUUACUUACAGACCGUAAUUUAAAUACCACUUUUUUCGACCCCGCAGGGGGUGGAGACCCCAUCCUCUAUCAACACCUUUUCUGGUUCUUCGGCCACCCAGAGGUAUACAUUCUUAUUCUCCCCGGGUUCGGAAUAAUUUCCCAUAUCGUAGCUUACUAUUCCGGUAAGAAAGAGCCCUUUGGUUAUAUGGGCAUGGUCUGAGCGAUAAUAGCAAUUGGUCUCCUGGGAUUUAUUGUUUGGGCUCACCACAUGUUCACCGUAGGAAUAGAUGUUGACACACGCGCAUACUUCACAUCCGCAACCAUAAUUAUUGCAAUCCCAACGGGUGUAAAAGUCUUCAGCUGACUGGCAACCCUUCACGGAGGCUCCGUCAAAUGAGACACCCCUCUUCUAUGAGCCCUGGGCUUUAUUUUCUUAUUUACAGUUGGAGGCUUAACCGGCAUCGUCCUAGCCAACUCUUCACUAGAUAUUGUACUCCAUGACACAUACUACGUAGUCGCCCACUUCCACUACGUCCUAUCAAUAGGAGCUGUCUUCGCUAUUAUUGCUGGCUUUAUUCACUGGUUCCCCUUAUUCUCAGGCUACACCCUUCACAGUACCUGAACAAAAAUUCACUUCGGCAUCAUAUUCGCAGGCGUUAACUUAACCUUCUUCCCACAACACUUCCUUGGUUUAGCAGGCAUGCCCCGCCGAUACUCUGACUACCCAGACGCCUAUACUCUUUGAAACACAGUAUCCUCAAUCGGCUCCCUCGUCUCCCUCGUAGCAGUAAUUAUAUUCUUAUUCAUCAUCUGAGAAGCCUUCGCAGCUAAACGUGAAGUUUUAUCAGUAGAAAUAACCUCUACCAAUGUAGAAUGACUUCACGGCUGCCCGCCCCCUUAUCAUACAUUUGAAGAGCCCGCGUAUGUCCGGGUCCAAGUAAUUACCCAAGAAAAGAGG